AUGGAUGAGGAAGCUGAAAGGUUGAAGAAGCAAUCGCGUGAUGGUUUAGUGUACCUCACAACAUGUAUGAUUGGGCAUCUCGUCGAAGCGCAUCUAAAAGAUGGAUCAGUUUAUAGUGGUAUCUUUCAUGCUGCUGAUGUGGACAAGGAUUUUGGAAUCAUUCUAAAGAGGGCAUCUUUGAUUAAAGACGGUACGUUAGAAGGGCAAGAAUCCGGUUCCGAGGUUGUCAGAAAGCCAACUACCAAGAAGUUGGUUUAUAUUCCUGCAGAUGAACUCGUGCAAGUUGUCGCUAAGGAUCUCUCUGUAUCCAGUGACGGAAUGUUAAAUGCCGUUCAGAGUGAGAAGUCGGUGGAGCUUUUGACGGAUUCUUCUAUAUCAAAGUCUUGUCAUGUUGGUCAGGGAAGAGAGUUAAAACCCUGGGUGCCUGAUGAAGAGGCUCCUGAGGGUCUGGAUGAUGUGUUUGAUGAGUCUUUGAAGAGGGGAUGGGAUCAAUUUAAGGUGAAUGAGGAGCUGUUUGGAGUAACGAGCACUUUCAAUGAGGAAAUGUAUACCACAACACUUGACAGAGGUUCUCGGACUAGAGAGCUGGAAGAGAAAGCCAUGAGCGUUGCCAAAGAGAUUGAGGAUGAAAAUACCGGAGAUCUUCAUGUAGCAGAGGAAAGAGGCCUUCAGGUUAAUGAGAAAGUUGAUACUGACGAGGAAGCUAAAUACUCAGCUGUCCGUCCAGUUGAUGGAUUUGAUGAGGAUGAAAAAUUGCUGGACACUUGCAACGAUCAGACUUCCAGUGGCUCAUCUACUUCUAAUGUCCAGAAUCCAGCUUCUUCGAGUGGCCAGAAGCCAACUUCUUCUGGUGGCAAGGGUUAUGAGGUAUGGUUGACUUCUUUUUUGAAAGGGGAGAGGCAGUUCGUUCAGAAUGAAACAAAUGUAGAUCAGAGCUGCUCGCUAUCUGAUAACGCUGGGCAUAUUCCCUCUGAACAGAAGUCCAAAGAUUUUCUUGCCCAAGGCAGUAGUAUCAGUGAGAGCCAGUUGGGUGAGCGAAGAAACAACAAUAAUCCAGAGGUUGCCCACAGUAACAGAUCACCUGAGGCAUCAGUUUCUGGUCAUGGAGAUGUACAAGGUGUUGGAACCUCGGGGUCGAAGACUGUUGCUGAGAAAGAAAGUCAAGUCAGUCAAGUUUCUGGUGAAACAAAAUCUAAAAGCUCCUUUGGUCAGUCGGAUUCUAGAAGAAGUUCAGAGAGCGGCCCAUCUCCGUCGAUGUCAACUCGUCCUGGACUAUCACCAAGCUCGUCAGUUAGUUCGUUGUCCACAUCAGAAAAGUCCACUCUUAACCCGAAUGCAAAGGUUUAUUUUCUUCUACUUUUAGAAUUCAAACCAUCGCAACCACCAGCUCCUGUGCGGCCUCAGUCUCCAAUUGCAAAUGCCUCAUUCAACUACCCUGCUCCACGUGCACCGGUUCAGCUCAUGCCUAGAAUGCCUGCUAGUUACGGAAUUCAACCGCUAUAUCCUGUACAGCCGCAGCUUCUUCGUUAUCCUGGCCACGAUUAUCCUCAAACCUAUUAUCCCCCAAAUGCACCACCCUGGGUAUGA